UUGAAGGAUGAUUGGUUCAGAGAAUUUGUCGGAUGAAGAGCAUUUUUUUUUUUUUUUGUUUUCUGAUAUAAUCUGAUUCUUUUUUUCUUUUCCCCCUUUUUUUAUUAUCUCUUUCACCUUUUUUUUUUUUCUCAAAAAGAUGACUAAUCUAUUAGAUAUCACUAGUGAUCAACAAUUUACUGACCUUUGUUCUAAGAAGGAUGCUGUUCUUGCUCUCAACUUUUGGGCUUCAUGGGCUGAACCUUGUCAACAAAUGAACGAUGUCUUUACUGAACUUGCUGGCAAGUUCUCUGCUAUCCAAUUCUUAAAGAUUGAAGCGGAAAACUUCCCUGAUAUUUCAGAACAAUAUGAAAUCUCUGCUGUGCCAACUUUUAUUAUUUUGAAGGGUGACAAAAUUGUGGAUCGAGUGGAAGGAGCUAAAGCAGCGGAAUUAUCCAACGCUGUGACGAAACAUGCAAAGGGGAUUUUGAACAAGUUUAGCAACACUACUUCAUUGGAAAACGGAAACAACAAUAGUAACAGUAGUAAUAACAACAAUAACAAAUCCAAAGACUUGAAUACACGUUUAAAGACAUUGAUCAACAGUGCUCCAGUAAUGAUCUUUAUUAAAGGCACACCUCAACAACCUCGAUGUGGAUUUUCUCGUACGUUGGUUGACCUUUUAGGGGAACAAAAAGUCAAAUAUAGUUCAUUCAAUAUUCUUGCGGAUGAAGAUGUACGUCAAGGUCUCAAAGUAUAUUCAGAUUGGCCCACUUUUCCUCAAGUCUAUAUCGAUGGUGAAUUGAUUGGUGGAUUGGAUAUCAUUAAAGAAUUAGUGGCCUCAGGUGAAUUUGCUUCCAUGUUACCCAAAGAAAAGAGUCUGGCUGUCCGAUUACAAGAUCUUAUUGAAAAACAACCUGUGAUGGUAUUUAUCAAAGGUACUCCUCAAGAACCUCAAUGUGGGUUUUCUCGACAAAUGGUGGCCAUACUAAAUGAUCGACAUAUCAAAUAUGGUUAUUUCAAUAUUUUAUCCGACGAUGAAGUCAGACAAGGACUCAAGACUCAUGUGGACUGGCCUACUUUUCCUAUGUUAUUCUACAAGGGUGAAUUAUUGGGUGGUUUGGAUAUUGUCAAGGAUAUGAUAGAAAGUGGUGAAUUUGACCAAGUAUUGACUGCUUAGUUUUUAUCAUACUAUUAGGUUUAUCAUGUUAUCAAAAAAAAAAAAAACAGCUGAAUAAAGUACAAUAAAUAAAAGUUUAUUUACAAAAUGUC